AUGCACUUGAUAGACGUCUGCAUCAGAUGGUCGGCAAACGGGCUCCUGAAAGACAAGGAGGAAACGACGCUCUGCACCAAAAUAUCCGAGCUGUGGCUGUCCCACCACGGACCCAUGCGGGCUCUGGUAAAGGACGGCGAAUCUGGGAUGAAAGGCCGAGCAGUAGCCGAUUGGGCUGAAGCGAACCGCAUUCAGCUCAAGUACAGACCUCCUGGAGCCAAGGCGUGGAUAGCAGAACGACGCCAGCAGAUACUUCGAAAGAGCUUGCACACCACCGAAGACCAGAUGAAGAAGGAGGGCAUCUUCGCGCCCAUAGAGCAAACCUUGGCAACCAUCACGUUUGCCCACAAUGCACUGGUCAACAUCGACGGCAAAACGGCCUACAACGCGCUCUACGGACGCACGACCGACUACGACGAGCAGAACACCACCGCACUCGUCCAGCACUUGAGUUGGCCAAGCUCAAACCUGGACAACAAGUUGACAUUUGGUUUGAACCAACCACCAAAGAUGUCAGCGGAUGGCGUGGCCCAGCCGUUGUUCACACCGUACAAGCCGCAGAACACGUGGUCACAGUGCGGUAUCAAGGACGUACUCUCGACAGGCUUCACGCACAGUGAAAUCUGGAUCCGGCGGUCCACUCUACAGAGCGGUGACAUGGAUGACGAGCCGCUGGUCUUCGACAGCGAAUACGGGAAGAGCCUGCUCAAGCACGACCCUGACAUCCGAAACAACACCGCU